UCGGAAUCACAUGGCUGGAUGUUCAAUCCCACCAUGUUUGCAUCCCGGACAAACACCACCACAACAUCUCCAUCAUCGGUUAUCACUACAACGAUUCAUCCCAACUAACUACCACUUUUGAUGACAGGCCACCUUGAACUGAAUUCGCAAUAGUCGCAUAUCAUAACUUACCGCACUACAAGAACAGUUAUUUGAGGAUUUCUCAGCACCCCCCGGAGUCCAUCAGAAACAAACAGCCUUGACAGCCAAAGCCGCGGUUGAGCCAUCAUCCCAUAGGCGAACAGGAUGGACCAGAGCCAGACCCGGGCCAUCGAAGCCCUCCAACCGUUCAUCGCCCUUGCCAAUUCCUCCAGUGCUAGCUCUCCCCGCUUUGUCGCCAACAUCAUCACAAAUGCAACCUCGAACCCACACACCUUCGUGUUCGCGGAGCUGCUCGAGACGGCAGCGGUGCAGGCCCUCCGCUCGCCGGAGACCCCAGCCGAAUACCAGAGCUAUUUGACGUUGCUCGAGAUCUUCGCCUGGGGUACAUGGCAAGACUAUCAUGAAACCCCCAACCUGCCCGAACUCAGCCCGGCCCAGACACUCAAGCUACGCCUCCUCACCCUCCUCACCCUCUCCUCUACCAGUCAACCUCUUACCUACGACGCCCUUAUGCGCUCUCUCUCCCUGACCGUACCCUCUGACCUCGAAUCCCUCGUCACAACCGCCAUCUACUCCUCCCUCAUCAGCGCCCGCCUGGCGCCGGCUUCGAUCCCUCCCACCGUGAAUGUCUCCGCCAUUGCCCCGCUCCGGGACGUAAACCCUCAAUCGCUGCCUAACAUGAUCAACAUCCUUGCGCAAUGGGAGACCCGCUGCGGCGACGUCAUCAGCGACAUCGAGGCGGAGAUCGCCAAGAUCAAAUCCGAGUCGGCGAAGCGGCGGGCCAAGGAGCAUGCGCGUACCAUGAUGUUCGAGCAGACGCUGGCGGCGUACCGGGCUGAGGCCGCUAGCGCUGCGGGUGGAGGGGAGGGACCCGCGGCGGGCGGAGCGGCGCGGAAACACUGGGGUCAGCAGCACAUGUACAGGGGCGGCGGCCUCGGAGGCAACAAGCGCGAAUUCAUCGCCGAAGAGUUUGACGACGAUGAUGGGUACUGGGAGCAUGGGAGCGAGCUGGAUCUCCAGGCUAUGGGUGGGUCAAGGAUGGACAUUGAUGAAGGCGCCGGGUCGGGGAGAGCGGGAGCUGCCGGAGCGCGGCAUCCCAAGCGGAUCUUGGGUAAGAAGUCGUAGGGGGAUUUGCAAUUGCUGCCAGCUAUGGAGAUCGGUAAUGGCUCUAGAAUAUGGGAGGAUGGAAAGUAUUUCGCUGGCCUGUUUAUGCUUGAUACCAUCCUAUUGCUAUUGCAGAAUAUGACCACAAGACUCAAAGAUACAAAACCGCACUGAACGGCGCUAUCACAGAUCAACAAACUGAUAUCUAGCAUGAAUUAUGUCCACUUGCACGAGAAGAACAAGAC